AUGCGCCAAAGCGUCGUCCAAGCCGGCUUCCGCAACCGCGCCUGGGCCGAGUACUCCCUCCUCCUGCGCUCCCCCGUACGCCCCACGCACCUCCCCUCCCACCCUUCUCCCCUUCUCCCCCUUUCUCCCCCCUUUCCCCCCUUUCCUUCCCCUGCCCUCCUGUCCCUCCGCUUCACCCACAACGGUCCUUGCUAUCCUGCCCCACCGCACCGUUCCGAGUACCUAUCAAUGGGCGACGUGUUGGACGUGGGCGCCAUAUCACCUGCGCUCGUGCGCACCAUGGACCUGCGAUGGCUUUUGUGUCGACUCAAAAGCUGGCCCCUCCGCGCCCCCUUCGCCUCCCUCCCCCCCCCACAGGAGUACCUAUCGAUGGGCGACGUGUUGGACGUGGGCGCCAUAUCACCUGCGCUCGUGCGCACCAUGGACCUGCGCCACUUCGUUGCCCGCCACUGCCGCUGCAACGUGUCCGUGGCGUGCCCGGGGGAUGCGUGCGACAUGCUCUUCCAAGGCAUCGCCUUCUCAAACCAGUCCCUCACGCAGUGCUUGCAAGCAUGCGGGGCGAGGAUAGGCGCAUCCACCCCCACCCCCGCUCGGCUCUGGGGCACACUCACGGGUCUCCUCCAAGGGCAAGUGCUGUUGCCUUCUGACCCGGCACUGUCAGUCGCCGAGUGGGAGCGCAAGGGCGUGCUGUACGCGGUGCCGCACAUGUGCAAUGAAACCAUCUGGACCGUUGGGAAUUACUCCAGCAAGGACGAGCUGCUUCAAACGCUGGGAGGCGGCCAUGUGCGUUACGACCAUGUCGUCUGCCGGAACUUUCGCCGGGAUCCCCACCGCUUCCCGCUGCCACUCUCCGUGCACUUCCUGCAGCAGCCGCCUCUCUCUGCUGCCCAGGUGAUGGCAUUCGGGUCUAUGUUUGACGUCAUGAUCACAGACCUGAACCUUCAACGCUGCACUCCCUGCUUGCCCCUUGCCGUAUCCACGCCCAACCGCUCUCCUCCCUCCAUGUCCACUCACCCUCUACCAUGUACAGCCCUUUAUUCCACUCAUUAA